AAGAUCACACAUGACUAUAUUUAGGCUUAUAUAUUGAGAGAAUUUGAUGAGUCAAAAUGCUUAGAUGAACAGUUUCAAACGUCAAAAGUAGACAAAGAUAGACCGACCGAGGUAGUAUUAUUUAGGACAACGCCUCUUAUAUAAACCCAAACAAUUUCACCAUACUUCUCCAUUCAUCGUCCUCUCCCCUUCCCUACCAAAAGCUACCCAAGCUAAGUUAAGCUACCCACCCACCACCGAAUCCCCUUUCUUCCCCGCCUGAAAAUGAACUGGAACAGGGGCCGUGUGAUCGGGCGCGGCUCCUCCGCCGCCGUCUUUGCGGCCACGUCUUCCCAAUCCGGGGAGGUAUUCGCGGUGAAGUCCGCCGUGCUCCCCCGGUCGGAGCUUUUAGAAAGAGAGCAGAGGAUUUUGUCCGCUCUGAGCAGCCCUUGGAUUGUUGGGUAUAAAGGGUUCGACGUCUCCGAGGAGAAUGGGGUGCCGACGUUCAAUCUCAUGCUCGAGUUCAUGCCCGGUGGGACCCUUCUCGACGGAAUCCGGCGGCGCGGCGGGAAGCUCUGCGAGUCGGAGAUCGGAGACUACGCGAGACAAAUCUUACUCGGACUGGAGUACCUGCAUUCCAAUGGAAUCGUGCAUUGCGACAUCAAGGGCCGGAACAUUUUGUUGUCCUGCGGCGGCGGCGGGGCUAAGAUCGCCGACUUCGGAUGCGCGAGACGAGCGGGAGAAGAUGACGCGUGUGCCGGCGGAACCCCGAUGUUCAUGUCGCCGGAGACGGCGCAGGGGAAAGAACAGGGCUUCCCGGCGGACAUUUGGGCAUUGGGAUGCACGGUGAUCGAAAUGGCCACCGGCGGCGGCUCGCCGUGGCCGAAGGCCACCGACCCUGCAUCGCUACUCUACCACAUUGGACACUCAGGGGAGUCGCCGGAGAUCCCGGAUUUCCUCUCCGACCAAGCGAAGGACUUCCUGGGAAAAUGCCUCACAACAAACCCCGGAGAUCGGUGGACGGCGGAGCAGCUCCUGACGCAUCCCUUCUUCCGCCAGAAAAAUCCACCUCCUAAAGAAGAACCGGCGGAGAACAAGAGUUCUCCGACGAGCAUCCUGGAACAGGGGAUAUGGGCGAUCUCAAUCCACCUCCGUACGGAGGAGGGAUCAAAAGAGGAAUAUUAUUCAUGUUCCCCUCUAAGAAGGGUAAGAAAUUUAUGUUCCGAAUCGCCGGAAGGGGCAAAGGGGGAAUGUAACGAGGAGGAGGAGGGGUGGACCACCGUGAGAGGUGGUGGGGAUGGAGGAGGAAUUGAAACAGGGGCGGUGGUGGAAAGGUGGUGUUGCUUUUCACGUGGGAACAAAAAAAUAAUCAUUUUUAAAUGAAAGCAAUGUUAAGUAGAAGAAGUAGGCGCAGCAUUAGGUGUAGGGUACGUGCCCUAAACGGUAAGGGUACAGAACAGUUAGGGUGGGUAUUUGGAAAAUGCUAAACACCCCCACCCUUGCUACCACCCAUGCCCCUUACAUAAACAUGUGGUAGGGAGUAAAGAAAAUUAAAAUUAGAGGGUGGGU